AUGGAGCUACGGAUUUUGUACAUUUUAUACAUCAGCUUUUCGAAAAGACUAAGACAACUGAUCAUAAAAAACAUUGGUGCUUGUCAAUUCGGUUCACCUGCGUCACCAAAUACUCAAUUAACAAGUACUACUGCGUUAUCAAACCCAUCCCAGACUACCAUCACAAUCCCUCAAUGUUUCUUAGCAACAACAAAUAACUAUUUACAUUUACAGGUGUCAAGUAUAGUUGACGUCGUCUGCCAUCUGCUGACAGUCGCCAUUGUGACCAACGGUUUCCAGUGCGAUGUCAACAAUGAAAGUCUACAAGCAAUCUCAUUCCCAUGGCUGGAGCCAGUCCUCAUCGUCCUCAACCUUGGCACCCACGGCUUCUACCCCUACCCCAGGGUCCUCCGCAACCAGUACCACAUCUACGUGGAACAGAUGUCCAUCACCGCCGAACCUAGGUGCUACCCAGGGAUGCUGCACAUCUAUCUCAUCGAUCUCCUCAAUUUCCUGAUCAAUGUCAUCUGGCUGAGGAUUGUCAUGUCAUAUGUUGGGGCUGUGCAUAAGAGAAAUCCGGAGCCCAUGCGAAUGUUCUUCAGCCUGUCUGUGGUGAAACUGGUGAUGCAGGCGAUGUACUUCGGAUACCAGCCGUUCUUCUAUGACGUGUACUCCGUGGAGACCGUUUGGUUCCUCAAAUUAUCUGAUAUCUUGAUCGCGGUAAUAUUCCUGAUCAUAGUCCAGAAGUACACUAAAGCGUUGAGGAUGGAGAAGGCAGUUGAGCAGAAUAUUGAGAAACCACCUUCUUACAUAGAAUGCUUGAUCAACGGGCCAGUCAGACCACCGAGCUACGAAGUCAAGGAUGAGGUAGUUGUCGUUAACGAAGAUAAGAAACCAAUUGAAAACGUUGAAAGAACUUGAUUCAUAGACACUUAGAUACCAAUGAAGAUUCGUCGAAAGUAAAAUUAGUCACCAAAAUUU